GUUCUUUUUUCUUUUUAUUUUUUUAUGGAAAGAAACCACAAAAUAGAGUAUUUACACAUUCAAUUUGAAAGAACUGCAAUAAUAUUUGAACCCAAACUUAGUAACAUUUCUAGGAAAAUCUGACCUUCAAGUGAAAGACUUUAAAUUAUAGAUACUUUUUUUAGCUAAACAAUCUAUUAUUCUAUUUGUUUUUCUAUAAAUAUGCCAAUAAAUACAAACAUUAAGAUCUUGAGUUAUUUCCACAUAUCUUCCAUUAACAACAUAAUGGAACUAGGAAUGCUACUUUUUUUAUUUUAAUUAUCUAUCACUACUGUUGAGUCACCUUCAAUCUUUAAAUUUAAGAACCCAGUUACUAACACACCAUCUCUAAAAGUUAACAUAUUGACGUAUUGCCCAUAUGCUUAUUUAUAGUCAUUUUUAUUAUACCAUUAGAAUCUCUAAUAAGCCAUCUUAAUGCACCUCUAUUCUCUGCCUUGAGCCAUCCUUGUUUUCAAUUUUAGGUCUUUCUGCCUUGCAUGAUCAUUUUUCUCUUUUUAUUUUAGGGUGUGUUUGGUGCCUGAAAAUACAGUACCAUAUCCAGAAAAAUAAUCUAAACCCUCGUACAAAUGGGUUUUGGUUUUAUUCUUUUUUCUGAUUCUAAACAAGGAUUUACUUCAGCAUUGUAAACAUGUUUUUUUUUUUUUAAGUAAUAAAGCCUUGAAUUUGGCCCAUAUGCUAGGGCUAUGGGCUCUAACCCAGUAUGAGCGUUUAUUAUUAUUAUUAUUUUUUUAAUUUUGGGUGAACUAAAGAUGGAAAUUAGAAUAGCACGAUAGAUAUAGAAAAUUUUAAAUUCUGUCAAACAAAGACAACUUUCAUGAAGUGAGAAAUAGAAUAAAAAAGCGUUUUUUGAUAAUUUAUUUUUAAUAACAAUUUUCAAAAGCUCUAAAUGUCUAAAUGAUCCCGAGAGUUGGGGAUCGCUGGAUUUAUUGAAUUUUCAAAAAAAGGGCAUACCCUCGUUGAUUCCAAACGAGGAGAAAUGAAGGAGGGAAUGGCAGGAUUGAGAUAUGAGGAAAACAAGAAGGUCAUAUAGUAGGAGUAGCAUUCCAAGGUGCCAACAACUGCGAGUCCCUCCCUCCACUGGGCCGUUAAAUUUUAGAACUGCUAUGACGCGCGUUACAAGUUACAACAGCUGCCCACACUUACGCUUCAUCUAGACAGUGCUGUCACCCAGCCUCCCCACCCCUACGCGCCACGUCCUCACCCCGCUUCCGUCACCAAACGCACCACUCCCGUACCGUCACCCUCAUUUCACCUUCGUAUUUGUAUUAGCUCUCCUCAUUGGCUCUCCACCGUCCGAUCAGAUGACUAGUGUGAAAGCUAUCGCUGGUGUUUGUCGUGUUGCGUGUUGAUUUCUUUUGUAACCGUCGUCGUUCUAUAAAUGAAGGCUCUCAGUGAAGCAUCUUUCCUCUCUCAUCUGCAUUUAUGGAGUGCUUCUCUUUGGCGUAGUUGCUACUUGCUAGGUGUUUAAUUGCUUUCUUUUUUCAAGAUGUGUGGAGGUGCAAUUAUAUCCGGCUUCAUCGCCGCAAAGCGUGGCCGGAAACUCACCAAGGAGGACCUCUGGUCGGAGCUCGAUACCAUCUCGGACCUCCUCGGUUUGGAUUCUGCUAACGGCGGUGAUGAUUUCAACCCGUCUGAAAAUAGGGUUGCUCCAAAGCCAAAGCAAGUGAGCAAAGGGACGAACGAGAAUACCCAGAAAGCGAUUCGGGUGGAGGAAAAGAAGAGUACCACCACUCCGAGGAUUCGGAAGAACGUGUACAGAGGAAUCCGGCAGCGGCCUUGGGGAAAAUGGGCGGCGGAGAUUCGGGACCCGCACAAGGGUGUGAGAGUGUGGCUCGGCACCUACAACACCGCCGAGGAAGCCGCCAGAGCCUACGACGAAGCCGCCAAGAGAAUCAGAGGCGACAAGGCCAAGCUCAACUUCGCUGAUCCCUCCUCUCCCCACUUCCCUCCGCCCAUCCCACUGCCGCCAUCCAAAAGACGAUGCGUUGUUCCAGACCCCACAGCACAGUCAAGUUAUCAGCCGACCGUACCACCACCACCAUUAAUGACCUAUCCUGCUCCGUACGAGAACGAAGCAGCGAGCGAGUUGGAGUUUAAGGAGCAAAUCUCGAGCUUGGAAUCGCUCCUGGGUUUGGAGCCGGAACAGGCCGCCACUCAGUUGAACGAAAUCACCGAGUCAGACUCGGUCGACCUCUGGAUGCUGGAGGACCUUGCUUCCACUCACCCUCACCACCAUCGUCAGCAUGUAUGCAGCGCUGCGUUUUGAUGCACCACUCUGUAAUGGUUCCAGUGCAUCGCAGAUACAGUAAUAAAUGCAUGUGGUUGCAUGCAUCGCCGUCGGUUGUCGUCAUCUGCGUUUGCUUUAAGACCCUUGGAUUUUACGGCGUUUGUCGGUGCAUGUAUCUACUGCUUUUUUUCUGUUAAUUUCCUUCCUAGUCCUUCCUUCUUCUUCUGCUAUAAUUAGACUGCUCAUUAUAUUAUAUGGGUAAUAAUGUAAAAACGUCUUUGCUAAA